GCCCCUGCGCGAUGUCCAAUGAUUCGCUUACGCAUAUUAAUCCGACCUGAUCGAUCAUCAUUUGGUGCUCGAUUUCUGAAGAUGGUGGUAGUUUGCAACGUGUGAUGUUUUUCGGAGGCCAGAUUUUGAGUAAAAGUAGACCAGUUUCGAUUUUCCAGCUCGGGUUUAGAAAACAGUCAACUAAAGUGAAACAAUACGUUAGGAACUAGGAGUGAUUUUACAGCAACGACGACAAUGGCAAACAUCGUGAGAAAUAAAGAAUUCUCCGAGGAGGCCGAAGCAGCAGUUUCCGUGCUACGUGCUUUGGUGGCAUCCAAAAAGGGACCGUCCACCGUUCAAAGUAUUCUUGCCGAUUUCCGAGAACUCGAGGGAGGUCCUCUAAUGUAUAAGAGGUUCGGCUUUCCCAGUGCGGAUGAGUUCCUGAGGUGCACUGGUGAAUUUGUUCUGCAAAACCGCAUGGGUGAGACGGUUAUAUACGUGAAACCAAGCAAGGAAUCAGCUCAUAUACUAAAAAUGGUAGCUGCCCAAAAACCGUCGAAGACUAAAAAAUCAGGUUUUGCUGUGUUGCGUCAACCUCAGAAGAAUUAUACCGGCAGCAAUUGGAGCCCAAGCGCUUACAACAAAAUGUAUCCCAUUAUGCCUUAUCAAUUGAAAAAGUACCCCCAGCACAGGUACCUCCCAACUCAGCAAUCGCGUUAUAACAACACGAAUAGUCCAUUGAAACAAAUACAUCAAAAUGGUCCUGGUGGUAUGAAGUACGGUAACAACCGUAACUAUGGCCCUACCCAGAACACGUACAGCUACAACCAACCAAAAUUCCCUUCACAGCAACAGAACGUUGCACUCAGUAACAAGCGGGACAAUCAGACUGAAGCUAACAACAAUAACACGACUGCCAAAAACCUUAAUAAACCUGGACAAGCGCCCUUCAAUAAUUUAAAGAUAAGACUGACCCAAAAUGAGCAACCAAAACAAACUUCAGAUGGUUUUAGUAAACAAUCACGCGAUGCUGGAGAUAUAACUCCAACUAAGAACAUUUUUUUAGACUCGAUUGACAGAAUAGUUAGUGCAGAAGUAAACCAAAAGUAUACAUCACCUCCCGUUCCGAACCUUUUAUACCCAUCACCAGUACGGAGCGUCAAUACUCGACUGCAAGUUACAAACAUUAGCUCCCCUACGUCCGUUCCUGUGUUGGAACCAACCUUCCAGCCUAAGCAAAUCGGAACCAACAAUAUCGUUCCGCGACAGGAGUUUAUAUCGAUCCAACCUGUAUUACUUAUGCCUCCUUCGCCGCCGCCUGUUAUUCAGCUGCCAACACUACCCGGACAGAAGACGCUUCAGGACCGGCUAAAAAUGAAUCAGCAAGUUGAUAGUGCCGAUUUGGAGAAGGUCGCGAAAGUAAUUACACCACAGUCAUCACCUAUUAAAGUGUCCGAUUCGAUUGUUAAGGUACCUUCGACCCCACCAGUUGCUGCCUUCCGAAACCAGUCGGUCCUGCAUGAGGUAAAUCUGGGUGCGACGCCGGUCGAACUUCUAGCCGCCUUAGCACAGAGUAACGGCUUUCUUCCUCCUGUCUACAAUUAUUACAAGCUAAAGAACAAAAGGUUCCAAUGUCGCGUUACGAUCAAUAAAUCAACGUACUCCUGCUAUCCGCACGAUUAUGCCAACGAGUUCGAAGCUCAGUUUGCCGCUGCCCAGAUUGCUAUCGAGAAUAUCAAGCGCGAUGAAGAACGCAAUAGCUACUCGGUGUGUCUGGACUCUGACUACGAGAUUGCGUUAAAAAUUUUCGAUCUGCUGGUCACGUGCACUCACGGAAUGUUCAGCAAAAAUAUUCCCGAUGUUUUUCGGACCCAAUAUAAGUGUCUGCUGCCCGAUCACUGGGAAUCGAUUAUACUUUCUCAUACGCGAAUGUUCUCGCGAGAGGAAACGGCUAGAAGUACAAUAAUAUUCGCGAACGUCCGGGAGAACGCUCCACCGGAAGAAUCAAGUAUUGCGAAUACCUCCGAAGCAACUCGAAUGAAGGCAAAUUUGCUUGCGCUUCCGUGGAAAGAAAAGUACUGGAACAUAUACGUAACUAAUCCUGUUUCAACGGUUGAAAUAUGGGCGCGUCUCGUUGGGCCAGAGCACAGUGAUGCUUUCGAUACAUUGGUCACCGAUAUAGAGCUUUACAUGAUGGAUGAAAAACCAAAACCAAAGAACAUCAUUGUUGGUGAGUACUAUCUGGUGUGCCCAGACGACUGCUGGUUCCGUGUUCGAGCGGAGGAGCUAGAUUCUGGCGAAAACAUUUGUCUGUGCUUUUUCAUUGACAUUGGCGAUUGGGAACGAGUCUCGUUGGAUGAUCUGUACGCAUGCAAGGCCGAAUAUCUUGAGCUUCCCGCACAAUCUAUCUGUUUUACACUUCACGGAUUGGAAGAUUUUGGUGAACACCCAAAAUCGAAACCACAUCUGAACAAUUUGAUUUGCGGAAAGGUGUGCAUUGGGGAAAUAUUGACCACUCAGGAGGAUUACGAGAAGUGCGAAGAAAGUGCUGCUGGUGAUGCCAGGAUUCAGACUAUAUUGUUUGAUACUUCUUCGGAGGAAGAUAUCAAUCUGAGCUUUGUCAUUCUGAAGCAAAUGUGCGAUGACAUGCCGGUUCCAGAGCUUGAUCGAAAAAAUAUUAACAGUGUGAUCAUCACGCACGUCGAUGAGGUCGGCGAUGAGUAUUGCCAGCUCAAAGACGGUGGCAUGGUUUACAUUCAGAAACUUAUCACGAACCUAGUUUUAUCAAAUGCACUAGAAGCAAAGCAUCGCGGCCUGAGUAAAACGAAAACUGCAACAGGACAGCAGCUGUAUCUGGUACAGAAUGAGGCCGACAAGAAAUGGUACCGUGCAUCGUUUAUCGCCGAAACGUCAUCCUCCUUGUGUAAAAUGCUGUUUGUAGACACCGGACUCAAGGAAAAUGUCGCAAUCAACAAUAUCUAUCGCCUGGAGACUCUCAGUGUUGCCUUGAAUCGAUAUCCCGCGCAAGCCAUCCAGAUGCGAAUGUUCAACAUGGAAGAGAUGAACGAUUAUCUGUUGUGUCGACUGCGGGCUCUGCUUAAGCCAGGACUGACCGCUAUGGUAAAAGUAGCUGCGUGUUCGUCCGUCCCGUUGGUUAAGAUCUACAUACACGCCGAACCAAACAACAUUCUAGUAUGCAUAAACGAUAGCAUUCGUACCGAGCUGGAGCUAGAGAUGACCUCAGAGCUGAUAAGUAAUCCUCGAAUUGUCUACAACGAAACUACCAGCUCCUCUGCGGGAAGCUCCUCUAAGCUAAACACCAGCUUCACGUCUGAUUAUUCGAUUGCCAGCCAAGAAGCGGCGGACAUUUCGAAAUCCUUCCACAACCUCAGGCUCACUAGUAGUCCUGUUCCGUCGCAGGUGACACCAAAGCUACCAAAAUUCCAACUCCCGGCAGUUGGUCAACGGUUCGAUGUGAACGUCACGAUCGCGUCCAGUCCGAACUAUUUCAUCGUUCAGCCAUACAUGCAGGCAAUCGAUCUUCAACGAAUGAUGGUGGAGUUGCAGAAAUAUUGUCUGUCCGAAGCUAAACGCGUAUCGGAAGAUAGUAUUGAAAAGGGUGAGGCGUAUGCUGGCUUGAACAGCGACGACAGUCUCUGGUACAGAGUGCUGAUCGUCAAUAUUCUAGACGGGCCAACAUCAAUUCACGUUUAUUUCUGUGAUUUCGGGCAGAUCCGAAUUGUGAAUAGUGAUUCACUGCGAAUUUUACCGCAGCAUUUGCGCAAACUUCCGCAGCAGGCAGUAAAAGCCAAACUCUACGGAGUUCAACCGCUGCAUACCGAUUGGAGCACCGGUGACGCGGUGCGUUUCCAGACACUCACCGUCGAAAAAAAGUUCGCUGGGCAGGUGCGCAGCAUUCAUGUGGACGAAAUCAACCCGAGCGACGACAUUGUCGAGUUAACCUUAAUCGACGUUUCGACCGAUGAAGAUACCUUCAUUCACCAAGUUUUGGUCAACGAAAAACGAGCGAUUUUUAUAGGUAAGUAGAAAGGAAUCAAGAAAAUAAUAGAACAGAUCAAGACUCUGUUCGAGUUAAUUUGAAUUGUGGUGUUCUUUGACAUCAAUUUUUCUGUGUUAAAUUAACGAAUGCACACUGUAGCAAAACAAACACUCAUCACACGUUUAACAGUCUGACUAAAGGUAGUGAUAUUUUCGAAUCUAGUAAUUUUAUGAAACAGGUCUACACUGGACUCUAGAUGCUCUUUCUUUACAAAACAGAAGCAAUCUUACACUUUCUAACCUUCGAAAAAUGAAAUAUUCAGAGAGUUGCGAUUGCGAGACUAAUAUUUAAUAUUUAUAUACUUAGCACGAUCAAAUAUCCAUUCCAUUAGAUAUUAUAAUCGACAUAUUAACGAUUUCUAUGCAGCUUAGACGAUAGAAAGCAAUUCCUAAUUGCCAAAUCCUUGUUGAAAUUACAGAUAAUCAGCAUAGCUAAUAUUUAUUCGUAAUAAAACAAAAAACGAAAAAAAUGUGAUUACUCGAUGAUAACAAACUAUUAUAAUAAUAAUUUAUAGCAGGAAUCAUCCUGCAGAAGUGCAUUAAAAGUACUCUCCUAGGUGUCGGUACAUCAUAUGCAAUCUAUAGAUAUAUUUAUUGAAAUGUUUUCUUACCCUUGCUGUUGAUAUUUAUUCAAUUUCCCAACCGUUAACCUUGUAACCACCAUCAUAAGCUAGCACUUCUGUUGUGAUUGCGAGUGAUUUUUUUUGUUGUUAAGAUUUCUCGAUUCGUGAUAGAAUACAGGUAUUAUCAGGAUACUGAUUUUUAUUGAUACCUAUCUUGGGCCGCGUUAUUAAUUCGAUUCGGAUUUUCGUUUUACCAAAUUUCACUUUAAAAGGACUGUUUUGAUAGUUACUUCCAAAAUUUUAUACAACAACCAUUGCUGCUGAGUGCCUUAAAAAAACAAUAAGAAAAAGAUGACUUACUUUCUAUUACAUUUAUAUCUACUCGAAAUAUAUAACAAUGAAUAGCGAAGCUA